GGGGCGAUUCUGUGGGCGGAGCAAGUCGUCUUCGCCAUGGCGGCUCUGCGUGCACUGGUUCCCCGAGCCUGCAGCUCGCUGUUGUCUUCCGUCCGCUGCCCAGAAUUCCGGCGCUUCGCCUCGGGUGCCAACUUUCAGUACAUCAUCACAGAAAAGAAAGGGAAGAAUAGCAAUGUGGGGCUGAUCCAGCUGAACCGCCCCAAAGCCCUCAAUGCACUUUGCAAUGGCCUGAUCGAGGAACUCAACCAAGCCCUGGAGACCUUUGAGGAAGAUCCUGCUGUGGGGGCCAUUGUGCUCACUGGUGGAGAGAAGGCAUUCGCAGCUGGAGCUGACAUCAAGGAAAUGCAGAACCAGACAUUCCAGGACUGUUACUCUGCCAAGUUCCUGAGCCAUUGGGACCACAUCACCCGGAUCAAGAAGCCGGUUAUCGCAGCUGUCAAUGGCUAUGCUCUUGGUGGGGGUUGUGAACUUGCCAUGAUGUGUGAUAUCAUCUAUGCCGGCGAGAAAGCCCAAUUUGGACAGCCAGAGAUCCUCAUAGGGACCAUCCCAGGUGCAGGGGGCACUCAGAGACUCACUCGUGCAGUCGGCAAGUCACUAGCAAUGGAGAUGGUUCUCACUGGUGACCGCAUUUCAGCCCAGGAUGCCAAGCAAGCAGGUCUCGUAAGCAAGAUUUUUCCCGUUGAAACAUUGGUUGAAGAGGCCAUCCAGUGUGCAGAAAAAAUUGCCAGCAAUUCCAAAAUUAUAGUAGCCAUGGCGAAAGAAUCUGUGAAUGCAGCCUUUGAAAUGACCUUAACAGAAGGAAAUAAGCUGGAGAAGAAGCUCUUCUAUUCUACCUUUGCCACUGGUGACCGGAAAGAAGGCAUGGCUGCAUUUGUGGAGAAAAGGAAGGCCAACUUCAAAGACCACUGAGGCUGGCAGCUAGGCCUUGUGCCGCCCUGGAGAGGAAAACUCAGCCUGUCAAUUGAGAGGCAAAUAAAUCGUCCAAAAGGGGAGUAGUGUAGGGCACAGUUCCUACCAAGGGUUUCAGGGCUGCAGCCGCGGCUCAGGUACUCAGGUGUGGCCUUCAACCUUCACCAGUUGUUGGAGUCAAUCUUUCACAGUCUGAAUCAGAAAUCUGGGAAGCUUUCAAGGUGUCUUGAUUUUUUUUUUUUUACUUUACUUUAAGGGCAGGCGCACACUUGGGCCAGCCCCUCCCCUUUGCUCAGUCUAUAGUGCACACCGCUCAGGAUGUGGCUCUGAGAGGGAGACGGCCCUAUCUGCUGAUUCUAAGCACCAUAAUUCAAUAAAAGUGACUACUUCAGUUUA